AUGACACAUGCAUUUCUUCAGUCCGAGUUGGCGAGCCUCAUAUCAGACUCGAAGCGACGAAACAAUGACGUUCGCGUCGCCGCCGAGCAGUCGCUCGCUGACCUCAAAACAAUCUCGGUGACAUCCGAAUCUCAACUGGCCGGUGACCUGUGCCGGCGACCUCUCUUCAUUGAACCCUUUCUUCUCGCUUGCAGAACCAAAAGUACCAAGCUAGCAGCCACCGGAACUGCCUGCAUCCAGAGGCUGACUGCAAGCAAUGCCCUUGCUCGGACGAGGCUGCCUGAUCUCCUAGCCGCCUUCCGUGAUGGGGCUGCUGCAGGCUAUGAGCCUCAACUCAAAAUCCUCCAGACUCUGCCUUCUCUGCUCCAGCUCUAUGCCGAUGACAUACAUGGAGACCUCCUUGCGACAGUUCUAGAGCUAUGUGCGUCUCUCCAAUCCAGCCGGACGGCCGCUGUGAGCAACACAGCUGCAGCGACUUUCCAACAGUUAGUCUCGGCGGUGUUUGAAAAGGCUGUGCAGGGAGAAAGUCUUAGGCCGUCAGGUGGGGACGAUGGAGAGAACUUCUCAGCUGCAGAUUCAAGAGGUGCCUCUCUGGACGAUGCAGUUCGGCUCUUCGAUGACUUUUGUCUGCUGCUUGACCACCAAAAACCGCAAUAUCUAAAAGUGGAAAGUCUACCCAUUGGCUUUCUGCUUGAAACUCUGCAGACCAUUCUGUCAACUUACGAUUCGCUCCUUACAGCUGACCGACUCCGCGAUCAGACAUGGCCGGAAACCCUUGCGCACGGUCUGUCGCGUGUCUUGGUGAGAAAGGAUGCAUUCGGUAUGACGGCGCGCGCUCUGUCUAUCUUGCUCCUAAUGUUUCAAUCUCGUGCUGCAGACCUCCGAGAUCAACUGGCAGAGAUGACACCUCUACUUAUGGCUGCCCUGGAGAAGGACGGCAACCCACCAUGGAAACGAGCUCUUUUCCUCGAGUUCUUUCGUACUCUGUGCUCUGACUUCAGCGUGUUCCGAGAAGCCUUUCGUCUGUUCGACAAGGGAGAAGACCCCGUCAAACUAAUAGGCCAGUUGAUGUCUGCAUUAGUCCGUAUCGCAGCGGAGGAUCCAUCGUUGAUUGGGCUUGGGCGCCAAUCUACUGUUCCUGUUCAGCGUGUAACCGACCCAAAGAGCGAAGAGGCUGCAUCCAUUGAGGCGCAGGGCUUGGGUGGUGCCAUCACCUCUGUGACCUCGAAUGACGCAAAUACUACUGGUAUCAGCGUCGAUUGGAGUGUCGUGGCUGUUCGUCUGAUGGAUCAACCCGAGAAGAACACUCCUCCUGCAAUCCCAAGCACUUAUAUCUACACUCUGGUGCUGGGUUGCAUCUCACAUCUAUGCGAUGGCCUGUCAAAGUUCAUUAUGCCACUGAGUGUUCCGAGCCGAGUCGCUCAACGAGACUCAUCGGAACUGGGCCGCAGAGAUAGUUCUGCCACAGACCGGACAGACGACGAUGCCGCACGGAGACCCAUUCGUCCAACUUCUGCCUCUCAGAAAUAUCAGCGGCUCAUCAAUCCUCUGACCUUAACAAACCAUCGAUUAUACGCCCAGAUCCGGACAUCUGCAGAUCUCAUCGAGUCCUGCUGGCCCGCCGCGCUUGCGACUUGCUCAACGUUCCUCAAUGCCGCACUGGACUCUGAGUUUUACCAUAUGUUGAUCCGAUCAGUUCAAAAAUUGGCCCAGGUUUCGGGUGUGCUCGAGCUCUCCACGCCCAGAGAUGCCUUGCUGACAACUUUGGCAAAAGCAUCCAUACCUUCCAAUGCGAGUAGCUUCAUAGCAGCCUCUCAAAGUCUCAAGUCCCCUCGAACCACAAAUGCUGAACAUGGGUUUUUCAACGAUGUGCUUAAAUCUCCAGCUGAGCCACCGCCGACACCCACUUUCCAGGUCAGCAGUUCACCGCUCAACGUCAGGCACCUGCUUUGUCUUCGGGCGUUGCUAAACCUUGGUAUUGCUCUCGGGCCGACGCUAGAAGAGGAUGCUUGGUUCAUCCUCAUUGAAACCAUGCAGACGGUUGAAGCUUUGAUUGCAAUGCCAAACACGGUUGCGGCAACCUCGCAAUCAGAAAGUCCGAGGAUGGGUCACGACGGUCAGACAACUCUCUCGACCGAGAUAGCUGCUGUCCAGGCGGCAACAAAGCGAAUGCUCGACAGCACACGAAGUUUUAGCGCCGAGGCGUUUGCGGUUAUUGUGCAUGCCUUAUUCCGCCUGCUUGGACAAAGUGAUGCGGAAGGUGAUUCGCAACCCGCGGAGCAAAGCCUUGGUUCUCCUAUCUCACCGACUCGUCUAGGAGCUCCAAGACCUGCACAUCAUGUCUCUCGAAGUGUAUCUGGUCUGUGGACAAAGUCAAAAACGCUGGAUCUGGAGAUCGGGUUCGUGCUUAACAAGCUCAGCGAUUUGUCGCGCAUCAACAUAUACCGCUUCGCAUCUUCUGCAGAGCAAGCCUGUUCCUGGGAUCUAAUUGCAAGUCGUUUGCUGCGCCUCUCUCAUGACACCAGUGUUGCUGACAAUCAUCGGAUACAAUCUGCGAGCAUAUUGGACUUGAUCUCGAUGGAGACAGUCAAGUUGUUGGAUGACCCACGUUUCGAAGCCAGCGAGGCUGAUACCAUUAGAUCCCGCUGCUUGCGAUCGCUCUUACAACAGUUAGAUUUCUUUGAUGAGACCCCCAGUCGAAGGUAUGAUGGUGUCGAGCUGGAAAUCCACAAGAGACUUCUAGAUUCUCUUGAAAGUAUGCUUAGCCAUAGCGGAGAAUCUCUGAACAACUGCUGGCCUAUCGCCCUCGAGAUACUGUCAAUAUCUUUCGCGAAGAGGGGACAGGCACGACCGCCGCCUACCGAUGCAUCCACGGAACAGGCCGACAACCAUGCUCAGACGGCUCAGAUAUUAAGAGUGGCAUUCAGAUCUAUACAGCUGAUUGCCUCGGACUUUCUCGGUGUUCUCGAUACUGCUUCGCUCGCAAAACUGGCUCAACUUCUGCGUCAAUUUGGCUCUCAGUAUUAUGACUUGAACGUGGCGUUAACAAGCACGACUGUUCUGUGGAGUCUCGCCUCUCAAGCUUUGUCAAGGAUCGAGACGAUCGAUCUCUCUUCCAUGCCAACUCUGGAGAGCCGGAUUGAAUCAGUCACAGCAAACUCCGAGUCUUCUUCUGGAGUAAUCUGGAGUGUCAUUUUGCUGCAGUUGAUUGAAUUGUGCAAAGAUGAGCGUGCAGAUGUUCGAAACGCAGCCAUCAAAGUCCUACUAAAGAUGCUUGAUGCCUCGAGCGAGGCACUAAGCCCAAAUACAUGGGCAAUCAUGCUCGAAGGUGGUCUACUCGACACUGUUAGAUUUUGCAUCACUCAGUAUGCAGCAGACAAGAGCGAUCAGAGCGACUGGAUGGACUCCACGGCUCAACUGACGGAGGGUAUUAUUCAGAUUAUAUCUCAGAAUCUAACAGUGGUCGCCACCCACAAUGACUUUAGCAACACAUGGCUCCGUACUAUGGACGUUCUGAAGUCCCUCCUAAGUACGAGCUCGCUGGUUGCGUCUUCGUUGGCCUUUUCGAAUUUGUCAAAACUUCUUUCCGCGCUGUCGAUCUUGGGAGACGUGGAUGAAGAUCUGAUUGUGCCUCCAAUGCAGCUUUGGACAGACUAUCAUCCUGCAAAGAUUGGGCAAGACUCUGAACCUCACCAUGUGGCCGGUGACGGACCGUCGAAUCAACAAGCGUUCACUUCGCAUGCUAAUGUCCUGGUCGAAGCGUACAAGACCAGGCCCGUCGCUGUUUCGAAUUAUAUGCAAGGCCAAACACCUAUGCUAAUGAAUGCCAUCGAGUACGGAAUUCUGCUGUGUCUGCAUCCUCCUUACACAAACGACAUAAAAGCUCUGGCACCGGAACAGAAGGAGGCCUUGCAGUGCAUGGCAAUCCUGAAAUCCCUCUUGCGCGGCCAAGUGUCGGAAUAUUCCCAGUUCACGCUGAGAAUGCUAAGUCUCACUCUUAAUAUUCAGGAUGGGAGGAUUGGUCCCCAAUAUAAGAAGUCAGCCAUCUCGAAAUCUGCGCAGAAGCCAACGUUCAUAGCCUUUGCUUCCACAUGUUUGGAUAACCUGCGGAACUUGAUUCUGGAGCACGCGGAGGACGAGCAUUUCAUCGACAAUUUAGCCGUGCAAAGAGCAUGCCAAGUGCUUUCCGCGAUCAUUAACACGAAAUACACCAAGAUCCCCACGAACAGUCAAGCACCGUUAUGGAGGAAUGCCACCGUCACUGCAGUGGUGAUGCUCGAAGCCUUGCAGAAACAUGUGAGCCACAGAAGGUCACGGUCAGUGGAUCGCCCUCACCUAGGUGGUUUGGCACCCGACAUCACCUCCAUCGCCGUUAGUAUCCUGAAUUCUGGUGGUCUACCCAACCCGCCUGGUUCAGGUUACACUGAAGAGACAAUUCUCGAAGAUGAGACGUUUGACAUCGAACAUUUCCGGCUUCUGCAUGAUGCCAUUGUUCCCAUCUUCCAGCUGUCAGAAGAGGUCCGGGAAGACGCAUGCAAGGAGUAUGCCGUUGUCAUAUUCCAGGCAUCACUGCUCGCGAACCCUUGGUUUUACGACAUUCCAGAUGAUCUCACCAAUGACCCAUUGAAAGACUUGCUAGUGACGAGACCUGGGAGUGUCCACCGGCCGGUAUUUGCCGUGAGACGCAGCAUUUGCUACGCAGCGUUGGAUGCGCUAUUUGAGCUUGUAUCGCUACAGCGGCCUACGGAAAGUGCUAAGGACCAGGGAGAUCUUAGGAUCGAAUAUUCCAAGUUAGCAAGCGCAGCAGCCCCUUAUCUCGUAUUGCGCGUGGCGCACCCUUGCAAGACAUUUCUAGCAGACCAGCGGCUGCGAGGUCUUACUCCGCCGCCAGAGCCGCAGCAGGUGGAGUUGCAGGUUGUGCUAUCCAAGUUCGUUGAGUUGAGGAGUGACGGUCAGGCGAUUGCUAGGAUGACACAAGAUCUCGAGCAAAAGGACCCUUCUCAAGGAUUGCCCAUUGCCAUGCGGAGACUGGGGGUUAGCGAAGUGGACGACGGCAAGGCCCACCUCCGCGUUCUCUACGGCUUGAUGCUGCGCGUCCGGAAGUUCUGGCAAGGACUGCCGAGAUUACAAGGCCCCGGGGCACGCGCGUGGCAGGAUGAUGGGCCGGGCAAGGCGAUCGAAGCGGCUCUAGACAGCUGGGCCAGGGUUGUGGCAGAGGAUUGGGGGUUUCUGGGCAUCGAGUAG